GAAUAUUUGUACACCUCUCUUCACAUUUAUCAUUGUAGUUGGGUUGUCAUGUUGAUUACACUCUAAAUUUUAAAAAUCAGUAAAUCUUUCAGUGAUAUCUUUCAUUUCAUUAAAGACUAUGUAUGCACCAUGCAAACAUCAAUUUCCUCACCAUUUGAUACAUCGAAGUCAGUAAAACCUUCUUUGAGUCAUUUCUUGCAUCUGCAAGCAAGCUCAAUCAUCAUCACUAUGUCUUAAAUAAUUUCCCAGUACUUUUACCUAUUCAUAUAUCCAAAUCUGUGAUUUUCAUGAUCCAUCCAUAUUUAUGAGCAUUCACAAUUGAAUGUGAUUUUGAUGUGUGUUGCUUGUGUACAGUGGUCCCCUGUUUAAAAAUCUUUAUAAAACCCAAUUCUAUAUCAAAUACUCAAAACCCUUAUCUAAGCUUACAAACAGAAGAUAGUUGAUCGUAUAGACGACCCUCUGAAGUUGUUUAUGGUUCUUGCCAUGGAACAAUGGUCUUCGAGUCUGGAACGACGACAUGACGAACCCGAAUUCAACUUGAGAGAAUGGGCACUCAAGGCAAGAAAUAUUAGCAGAACAAAUACAAGUUCCAGAAGAUUUUCAGCUCCAAACAUUACAAGUUUUAGAGAAUUGGAAACGAAAUCAUUUAGAUCAAACACUACAAUAACUAGCACUGCUUCUUCUCCUGGUUACACCUUAACAGAUGAAAUUGACCCAUCCACUUAUUCUUUCACAAGUGCUCUAAAAGCUUUACAGGCCAAAACAGGAUACGGAUGGGAAUGGUUAUCACCUGAAGGGAUUUCUUUAAGUUCCAAGUGGAAUGAAGCCGAGAAAUAUAUUUGCAAUCCGUUUUCUGGUGAAUUUCCAGCAGAAUGCUUGUCAGCAAAAACACUAAGGAGAAGGUCCAUGUCGAGUUCAACAAGCAAAUUUACAAUGUCAGCACCUCUUGAUUACUCUUUUCGUCCUCCACUUUCUCGGUCGAAAUCUAAUAGGACACAAGACCAUAAAGAAAUUGAUUCUCAAUCUACAAUUCAAGAGAAGAAGGCAGAAAGUUUGAAGAAGGAUUUGGAAAGUAUAAUUCCAACUAAUCAUAACUCAAGCAACUCCAACGGCGCAUCUUCACCCGCUCCUUCGUCGACAAAUCCUCCAGUCGAAGAAAAAAGACUGAUAAUGCAAGAUGAAGUUGAAGGCAGAGAAGAACCCACCAUCUCGACCAUAGAACCAAAGUUUGAUGAUGACCAGAAUGAAGGAAAUGAGAAGAGAUCAAUAGAGAAAGAAGAGAAGAGGAAAGAAAGGGUCACUAUUUACAGAUGUUAUAGCUGGAAAGCAAGUUGUUUACCAUGGAAGAAAUGGAAGACAAAAAGAAGCAAGAAAAUUGGCAAGACUGUCUAAGAGCAUUCGGAAUGGGAGUAGGUUUUUAAUGGUUUUAGAUUCUAAUUAAUAAGAUGAUGAUGAUUGACAAGCAAUAUAUAAGAUAGAUUUUGUUUGAGAAUGAAAAGGCUGGAGGAUAGAUUCCUAUUGUACCUCAUAUCUUUACUUUUCGUCAGAAUGAAAGUGAUGUAGAAAAUUUAAAGUUAGGAAAAUGGUGUCUUUUAUUUUAAGUUUUGAAAGCAUAAUGCCAUUAAUCA